AUGGCAGAGACUCCAACCGACGCCAGGCUCGACGUCCGUCUCAUAGACGCCUAUGACGGAACCACGGACGUGGUGGAGUGGUACUCGCAGGCGGAACUGCUAUGCGAGUACCGCGGGGCUUCCCUGGCCCAGGUGCUGCCGAUGCGCCUAAAAGGGGGUGCGUUUGCUGUGUGGUCACAGCUGCCGGCGGAGGAGCGCUGCUGUGUGGAAUCCGUGAGAGAUGCGCUGUUCGCGGCGUUUGCAAUGGACGACUACGCCGCUCAUGCGGCAUUCACUGCUCGCACGCUGGAGCCGGGGGAGAGCGUAGAUGUCUACCUGGCGAGUCUCCGUCGGUACGCCGCUCUGUUUGGUGGUGUGUCCGAGCGGCAGCUGGCGGCGGCGUUUGUGAACGGCUUACCUCCGUCCAUUGGUGACACCGUCCGAGCUGGUGCCAAGGCGGAGAAGCUGACGCUUGCCAGUACACUGGCCCGGGCGCGCGCCGUACUGGGCAACAAUCAGGUCCGAACGGCGGCGGCGGCCCACAGCGCCGAUGUUGUCCUCGGUAUGUCGGGAAUCACGGCCCUGGGCGGUGUGUGUGUGCAAACACCGACAGACGUGUCGUUCCGUGUGGGGGCGGCGGCGGCGGCGGCGGCGGCGGCGGCCGCGCCCGCGGCCGUGGGCUCGCAGGCACUAAAAGUGGACGCCCCGGACUUCACGGCCGAGUUCAGCCCGGAUAGUGUCGAGUGGACUGUCGGCUGGAAGUGGACGGGUGGCGUCGGUCCUGACUGUCUCUGCAACACGGUACCGGAAUACAAACUACCGGUGAAUGCGCGGCCGGCGUUCGACGCAGAGAUCACGGAGUGGAUAGAAAACGGGUGGCUUCAACCCUAUGACGAGGAGACAGACGGGCCGCCUCGGGGCCUACUCCCACUGAUGGCAGUCGAGCAGCCGUCUAAAGUCCGGCCGGUGCUCGACUACCGGGAGCUGAAUGGCCACGUCACCGCUCACACAGCCGACGCCGACGUGUGCGCCGACCAGCUACGGAAGUGGCGGCGGCACGGGAGCCGCGUGGCGGUGGUCGACCUGCGAAAGGCUUAUCUGCAGCUGCGACUGGAACGGCGGCUCUGGCCGUAUCAAACAGUCGUGGUGCUCGAGCUUGAUGAGCGUGUGCAGCGUGGCGUUCUCGCGUAUGUAGACGACAUGCUGGUCGAUGAGGACAUUGUGAGUGCCGAGGAGGUGGUGCAGCACUUCCAGAGGUACGGUCUGGAAUGCAAGCCACCACAGAGAGCUGCAGACGGUGCGAGGAUGCUCGGACUGCGGGUCAGCCCGUGCGGCGGCGAGCUGCGGUGGCGGCGCGACGCAGAGCUCCCGCCGCCGCCUGUCAAGGUCACGCGCCGGACUGUAUUUGCCUGGUGCGGGCGGCUCGUGGCGCAUCUGCCGGUGGCGGGCUGGCUGCGGCCGGCCGCUGCGUGGAUUAAACGGCGUGUGAACUCGGUGACCACGGGGUGGGAUGACGCGACAGACGAUGCAGUGUUGCAAGCGCAGGUUGCCCAGGUGGUGCAGCGGCUGCAGGAGGCUGACCCGGCUCAGGGCCCGUGGCGACUGACCGGCGACCGUCUCGUGGUCUGGACGGACGCCAGCUCGAUAGCGAACGGUGUCGUGCUGGAAGACCCGGGCCGCGGCACGGUGGAGGACGCCUGCUGGCUGCGGGCUGAGAGUAAGGCAGACAUGCACAUCAACAUGGCCGAGCUUGACGCGGCGCUCAGUGGAAUAAACAUGGCGGUGGCCUGGGGAGUGAAGGUCAUUGACCUGCGCACCGACUCUGCUACGGUCCACCGCUGGAUCUCCGAUGCCCUGAGCGGCCGUGCGCGGCUGCGGACCAAAGCUCACGGAGAGCUGCUAAUCCGUCGACGCAUCGAAAUCAUCCGACAGCUGGUGGACGAGCUGCAGCUCUCCGUCACGAUCGGCCUGGUGCGGUCCGCUGACAAUCCGGCUGAUGGGCUGACGCGCGUGCCUAAGCAGUGGCUGCAGAGUGCCCGGGACACCGACCCCGCCCGCCGGGUGGUGGCCGCUGGUGACCGUGAAUCGGGUGGCAGCGCGGUCAGCACCAGCUCUGAGACAGACCGCGCCCGUGCCCGUCGGAUUCACGAGACGACCGGCCAUCAAGGGAUCAGACGGACUCUGUGGUACGUCCGGAGAGAGCUGGGCCCGGCGGCGAGACGCUCGAUGGUGCGGGAAAUUGUCCAGCAGUGCGAUAUCUGCCAGUCAAUCGACCCGGCGCCCGUCCGCUGGCAGACCGGCUCGCUCGGUGUACAAGAGACGGCGUGA